AUGAAAUUUCUUCUUUCAAUUUUUCUGCCCAUCUCAGGGCUGGCAGUUAGAGGAGAACAAAUAAUUAGGUGUAAUUCAAACCUUAUGAAUUUGUGUGGCUCAGAUAUGGUCAUUUACAAAUCUGAGUGUGAUUUUCUGGCUUCAAAGGCUAAAUUCAGCGACUUAACAAUUCUAGAUCUUUCUGACUGUAUUAGUUCAAAUUAUAAGGUUAUUAAUAGUUCUAGUAAUUUGAAUAUCACAAAUGGUGCUUCACAUUUAAAUAGCAGGUUAUUAAGAGGAAGUGGUAUGUUAAAGAGAGAUUCAGAGGUGAAUUCUGACAUGAUCGUAUCAGUGAAAAACGAAACACAAGAAAACUUAGUUGAAUUAGUGGAUAAAAAAGUUGAUAAUAGUGAUAAAAAUAGCACUUUAGAAUAUGAAUCUAGCUCAGAUAAUGAAAAUAUACAAGACUUAAGGUUGGCUGGUGGUGUAUAUAGUGAUGAGAUUGAUAGAGAAAAAUCAUUUUACAUGGGUAGCCACGACUCAGUUUAUAAAGGUAUUAAUAAAUAUAACGUUAAUAUGAUUAAUGUUAUUGUGGAGAAUUUCGAUAUUUCUUCAUUUGUUUUGUCAGAUGGUAAAUACAACCUUUCAAGACUUUCACUUUUAGUUUUAAAAACGAUUAUUAAAAUAUUGGAAAACCAAAAGUCUAAGAUGCUGAAUUACUUAAAUCAACUAAAUAAUGUACAAAUUGAUAACAAUAACGAUAAAAACCUUACAUCUCCAGAUUCUGGUUAUAAUGGUUUGGAGGAAAUUCAGAAUUCUUACACACAUAAAGCAGAUAACUUCAGUGUAAUUGAUCAGAGAAUGCACAAUAGCUUGAACGUUACAUUCAGGUUUGUAAACUUUAACAAUACAGAUAAUUACUUGAAUUCUCUUAUGUUAGUGGAUUUUGCUCUUCAAACUUUGGGUAAGAUGAGUAUUAACAAUUUAAAAGAUAUUUAUAAUUCUACUUUAAAAAAUGACCUGAAUAAUUCUACUAAUAUUGGAAACAUUAAUGGGGACAAGAAAAAAACUAUGAACAGAUUAUUGCUUCCUUUAGAAGAGGAAUCUACUUUUGAAGAAUUAAAUUCUUCUAAUGGAACCAAUAACUACUUGGAUGAGGCUGACAAUUGUGAGUUAAACAUUUCAUCUAAUAAAGAAACUCCAGCAAUUCCCAAUUUCCAUUGUAUCUUUCCCAAAAAUUCCACGGACAAUUUUAAAAUGGCUUCCAACUAUAUUCUAAAUUUAACUGAAUUAACCCUUAAGGAUACCUUUGACAAUAAGUUUGGAAACAGUUUAACUCUGUUUCCACAUUCAAUAUUCAAUCCAACCAUGAACACAACCAAUCCAUUAGAGACAAGUACUAGGGCUCUUUUAAGUAAUCAAUCAAAGGAAAUUGAAAACCGAGUAGAUUUGGUUUUGGACUUCUUUGAUUUAUUAUUUUCCCCAUUGAAUAUUACUAAUGAUGAUCUAAAAGACCUCGAAAUUGGCGAAAUCUUUGUAAAUUUUGAUUUGAACUUUUUGAAAGACGAAUCAAUCAAUUCUACACUCACAAAUAUGGACGAUACAGGAGUUUUAGAGGCGCUAGAUGAAAUAUUUGAAUUAGGCUCUAUUAUCAAUAAUUUUACAUUAAGUGAGCAGAAAUCCAAUAGCACGGCUAAUUCUACAUCAUUAAACCCAUUGAGAAUCGCAAGUGAGGCAACCCCAAAAAUUAAAGCAAACUCCACUGUUGAAGAACUAUUUAGAGAAUUCCCUCCUGCAUUUGAUAGGGUCAGAGGUGAAGGUUGCAUAGUUAAAUGUGAUGAUCAGGUCGAUCUUCACUGUGGAAACAACGGAGUAACAUACAAAAAUCUCUGUGAAUUCAGAAAUGCUCAAUGCACUAAUAAAAACUUAAUUUUCGUUAAUUUUGGUAAGUGUUUACCUCUAAUUAUUAGGGGUUGA